UUAUUUGCAAAAAAAAAAAAUGUUUAUCAGUUUGAACAUCAAAUAUGUUGUCUUUGUAGCAUAUUAUAUUAUAUACAAGAUGGCGGCGCCCUGAUGGCAGCAGCUUGCAGACGCUCUUGGAAGUGUAGAGCGAUUUGGCAAAAAUACCCGUCAAUUCUGUCUAUUUCAUGGCUGGCUCACAGCGUGGACACUUCGUGAUCAGAUACGACCGACAGACGAUUCUGGAUGUGGAUAGAUCGGGCCGUUAUAGGCUGAAAGAUGCGGGUACUUUCGACCUCCUCGCUAGCAUGGGGAUUCUUCGCCGGCUACAUCCAGCGGCCUCGAAAGCAGCGGAGUUAAGUGCCAGCGAGGACCGUCAACGGAAGACACGUAAGCGGUGUGAGCGGAAGCAGAAGCGGGGAUGCCGAGCGGGGCUAACAACAAAGCGAAAGGCUAAUCCUCAAAGAAGCGCUAGUCCGGGUGAGAAGUUAGUUAAAAUAGAACUAGCCAGCGCCAGGCUGGAUAAUACCUGCACACAUAGCAACUAUUUUAGAACAAUACACAACUCAAAAAAUGUUUUUUCUGUGUCAAAAGUAGACAUGCACUCUACUGAGGUGGCAAGUUAUGAUGCGUUCGGUUUAUCACAACAUCAAGCAAACAAUCGGAAAAUUCCCGUCAUAUCAAUUCCUAGAUAUGGUCGAAAUUAUUUAAAUUGCACUACACAUAAUAAACACAACAUUAUUAAUAUUGCUACUACGGAUAAUUUCAACAAAAACUCCUCAAAACAGCCCACUACCUAUAAUAUGGGCUUCUUAAACAUAAGAUCAUUAUCUUCCAAAACGUUAUUAGUUAAUGAGGUCAUUAGAGACAAUAAUCUUGACGUUAUUGGUCUCGCCGAGACCUGGCUCAAAGCAGACGAUUUCUUUGCGCUGGGUGAGGCGUCUCCUCCUGGCUAUGCGGGAGCGCAUAUUGCCCGUCCCAUUAAAAGGGGUGGGGGAGUUGCACUCAUCCACAAUAAAAACUUUAAUCUUACCCCGAACCUAAAUAAUAAAUAUAACUCGUUUGAGAUGCUUACUAUGAGGUUUGUCACACCGCUGCCUCUCCACCUGGCUGUUAUCUACCGCCCCCCAGGACCCAAUUCGGACUUCAUCAGUGAAUUUUCAGAGUUCGUUGCUGAUUUAGUGACGCACGCCGACAAUACAAUCAUAAUGGGGGACUUUAAUAUCCAUAUGAAUACCCCAUCGGACCCUCAGUGCAUGGCGCUCCAGACUAUAAUUGAUAGCUGUGGUCUUACACAAAUAAUAAAUGAACCUACGCAUCGCAACGGAAAUACGAUAGAUCUAGUGCUGGUCAGGGGUGUCACCACCUCCAAAGUUACGAUACUCCCGUAUACUAAAGUAAUGUCCGAUCAUUACCUUAUAAAAUUCGAAGUUCUGACUCAUUGUCAACAAACUAAUAAUAAUAACUACUAUACCAGCCGCAACAUUAAUGCUGCCACAACGAUGACUCUUGCUGGCCUACUGCCUUCGGUAAUGGCACCAUUCCCAAAUUAUGUCGGCUCUAUUGAUAACCUCACUAACAACUUUAACGACGCCCUGCGCGACACCAUUGAUAGUAUAGCACCGCUAAAGCUUAAAAGAGCCCCUAAAAGGCGCACCCCAUGGUUUACAGAAGAAACUAGAGCCCAUAAAUUAUCAUGUAGAAAGCUGGAACGCAAAUGGCGCGCUACUAAACUUGAGGUUUUCCAUCAAGCAUGGAGUGAUAGUUUAAUAACUUAUAAACACAUGCUUACCCUAGCCAAAGCUAAAUAUUACUCAAAUCUCAUCCACCUCAACAAAAAUGAUCCGAAAUUUUUGUUUAGUACAGUAGCAUCGCUAACCCAACAAGGGACUCCUCCCAAUAGCUCCACCCACUCAGCAGAUGAUUUUAUGAAUUUCUUUAAUAAGAAAAUUGAACUCAUUAGAAAGGAGAUUAAAGACAAUGCAUCGCAGCUACAACUGGGUUCUAUUAACACAGAUACGACUGUAUCUACGAAGGAUACCGCCCUCCAAAAUAGUUUCUCUCUCUUUGAUGAAAUAACAUUAGAGGAAUUGUUAAGAUGUGUUAAGGGGACAAAACAAACAACAUGUUUACUUGACCCAUUUCCUGGGAAACUUAUUAAGGAGCUUUUUGUAUUAUUAGGUCCAUCAGUGCUAAAUAUUAUAAACUUAUCACUUUCCUCUGGCACUGUUCCACUAGCAUUCAAAAAAGCGGUUAUUCAUCCUUUGCUCAAAAGACCUAACCUCGAUCCUGACCUCAUGGUAAACUACCGGCCGGUGUCCCACCUUCCGUUUAUCUCGAAAAUCCUCGAAAAAAUUGUCGCACAGCAGCUAAAUGAACACUUAAUGUCUAACAAUCUCUGAACCUUUUCAAUCCGGUUUCAGGGCAAAUCACUCUACGGAGACAGCCCUCGCAAAAAUGACUAAUGAUCUACUGCUAACGAUGGAUUCUGAUGCGUCAUCUAUGUUGCUGCUUCUUGAUCUUAGCGCUGCUUUCGAUACAGUCGAUCAUAACA